CGCUUUCGUACUCUCAUCUCAUCUCUUCUUUCCAGUGCCUGCUCUUCCUCGUCGUCGUCUGCUCCAUCGUCCUUGCCCAUACAGUCGAAGCAAGACGUCGUCGUCGACCUUUCCGCGUUCUCGUCUCGCUACCACUUCUCCCGGUCUCAGCGGACCGUGCGCCCACGGAGCUAUUGGGGGUAGUCGUGCGAGGGGAUGUGUGUUUAAAGGACCGUGUGCAGCCUCUCUCUAUAGCCUGUCUAUCUGAAUCCAUCGUACCGGUGUCGUUCUCUUAUCUCUUUGUCCCUGCAGGUGCCAGCUAGCUUAUCCAGCAUUUCCUUCACACUCCUCGGGGUCUCGUUGCGCCUCGCGGCCCUCCCUUCGUUGGCUUAUUUCACCCUUACGUCUUGGAUGGCGUCUCGAUCACAAGAAUGCACCCCGUCCGGAACAUCCUACAACCCGUGACGGCUGCUCUCCACUCGCGGAGUUCGCUCAAGAAACCAGGUUCCUUUUGCUCCGAUCCUCUGGUUCGCCUACUAUUCUGUGAGUCAUUGCUCUGUGUCUGUACAGUUGUCAAGGCGCAAUCGUCCAUGGCACCCCCUUUCCCGCAUCUAUGGCGCCUAUUCUGACGACGGAUGGUCCCUCGGCGCAUCGAGCUGGACAGCCAACCACGCGGCGCCCCUUAUCAUCGUGGGUCGGGAGAUCGUCCUAGGCCUGCUUGCCAAUCACCUCUCAACAUCGUACAUUGGAACACUGUCGAACUGAGCAAUCGCUAUUACUGGAGCUCCAUCACACGUGGGGCAGCAUGUUGAUUGUUUUGCUGGGCGACGGAGUCGAGGCGCGACACACCAAGCGAACAGCCAUUGAGGUGCCGUCUAAUCUGCUGUGCUAUCUCAUGAGCGACAUCCGACGCGUAAUCCAGGACCCUCCGUUGGCCGUCGCCUCGAGAGCUGAUCGGUUGGGGCGUUAGUCUACGUAUGUUCUUGCCGUAUGUACUGCGCGGUGUCCGGGUUCCUCGCAUGUACAUAGCCUGUUCUACGCCGUAUAUAAGACUUUGCACCCUCAGAUUAUCCUGCAGAACAGUGCGAAUCAUACAUCCGCGACCCAUUCCUCAAUACACGUCCGCCCGCGAUACUCACCGUUAUGCGCUCCUCCUCUCCUACUUCAUCUUGCGACUCCUACGGGUCCGCCGUAUCUACGGCGCCCUCUACUCCCCCUCCCGAGCUAGCUGGCUCGUACUUCCUCGUCCUCCAUGACGCCUCUCAGGCGUUCCUCGAUGGUCUCCUUGCUAAGGCCAGCAGUGACCGCGUCUUGCUCUGCAAAGGUGCCGGUGCUGUGAAGCCUGUGCUCGAGGAGGCCGCAGGUGUUCUGGGGGACAUGGCCGUCGUUGACGAUGCACGUUGGGAACGCGUCGUGUCCAACGACAAUGGCUCUGAGGCCAUAUACUACAAGACCAAAGAUGUCAUUGCAACUAUCGACAAGAAGCCGAGCAUCGCGUUGGACACUGUCCAGUGCGACUCGAAGCUGGUAAGUCACGACACAACCUUACCAUUGAUCACAAUUGAGCACAACUCGUUGACCACCUCCCACCUCAUAGGCACCCCACGCCACAAUGCUCAACCUCUUCUGCGAAGCCGGCCUCCGCUCAAUCAUCGGCCUUCCCUCCCGCUCCGCCAAUACCACUACAACCCUGUACAUCCUCGAGCGCCCCCCGCUCACCUUUCCCCCAUUCUCCAGCACCCCGCGCAGCGCGCCCAACCCCAUCGCGAACCCAUACACGCUCCCCUCGCUCGCCGAGUUCACGCGCGCGUGGGCGAUCUGGGACCUAAUCACGCUCGGGAUGAUCCCCUCCGAGCUGCUACACUCGAAGCCGAUCGACCUCCGGCACAAGCCACUGUUCUACAUCGGGCACCUGCCGACGUUCGCGAACAUCUUGCUGUCAAGGGUCAUCGGAGAGCGGGAAGUCGGGCCGAGGCAUUACCUGACGACGUUUGAGCGCGGGAUCGACCCGAGCGUGGACGACCCGGAGAGGUGUCACAGCCAUUCGGAGGUACCGGAGAGGGACGAGGACUGGCCGGUGAUUGGGGACGUGUUGGCGUAUAGGGACGAGGUGCGGGAGAAGGUCAUCAAGAGGAUCUUCGCGGAGGUGGAGAGCGGAGAGCGGGCGCUGACGCGGAGGCUCGCGCGGACGAUGGUCAUGGUGCACGAGCAUGACGGGUUCCACAUCGAGACGCUCCUCUAUAUGCUCAUCCAGCGCGCCGGUACGGGUAUGCUUCCGCCCCCCGGCUUCGCCCCGCCCCCAUGGCCCGCCCUAGCCGCACAGUGGGACGCCAUCCCCGCCCCGACGACGCCCACCGUCACGCUCGGCCCAGCGACGAUCACAAUGGGCCACGACGACCAGGAACCGGACGACCUCCUCCCCGCGCUCGAGCACGACGUCGGCGCGCACGAGUUCGGGUGGGACAACGAGAGCCCCGCGCGCGCCGUGCACGUUGGCGCGUUCCGCGUCGAGUGGCGACCCGUCACGAACGGGGAGUUUCUCGCCUUCUGGCAGGGGCCCGGGAAAGACGUCGUGGACAUGCCCGCGAGCUGGGCGCAGACCGAGGACGGGGAGGUGCGCGUGCGCACGCUCUACGGGCCCGUGCCCAUGGCGCACGCAAAGCACUGGCCGGUCCUGACGGCGUACGACGACCUCGCGAAGUACGCGGCGCACAAGGGCGGCCGGAUCCCGACCGAGCCGGAGCUCCGGCUGUUCUUGGACGCGUACCAGGUCGGCUACGAGGAGGGCGCGAACACGGGGUUCAGGCACUGGCACCCGCUGCCUGCCACUGCAGGUUUGCAGGAGAUCGACGGGGGCCGCGGGUCCAAUGGAGGCGUGUGGGAGUGGACGGCGACGGCGCUCGACGCCCACCCGGGCUUUGUGGGGACGGGAAUCUUCCCAGGGUAUUCGUCGGACUUCUUCGACGGGAAGCACCAGGUCGUGCUCGGGGCGUCGUAUGCGACGAUCCCACGCCUUGGGGAUCGGCGCACCGUGCGCAACUUCUAUCAGCACAAUUAUCCGUAUCCGUGGGUCGGUGCACGUGUGGCGUACGACGUAUAGGAGGUCGGGUCUUCCUACAUAUCGUCUCCUGCUGCCGUUCGUAGAGAUUUCAAUGUCCUAGUGCACACAGCACGACCUUGUAUAGUUAUAUGUCAGUCUUGCGACACUGUGAAUAUAUCCUCCGUCUCCGCCCCAAUUUGUCAAGCGACAGUCGACGCAUCCAAUAUCUCGGAGCUGACUGGAAUCAGUACUCGUCCAGAAGAUCUCACAAUGCUCACAAGCGAGAGAAGACUGCUAGAGUGUUGCAAACAUGUGGGAGAACAACGAGAGCAUGCUGUGAGGCCUAAGCACCACCGACCUGGACCCUCCUCGAUGCACGCUCCAGAACCGCAACGCCGGAAGGGUUGAAGGACAUAUCCCACGCGCUACGAGACAAACUCGUUCGCUCGUCAUCAUCUUUGUAAAAUUCGUCGAGAACCUCCGCCACGCCGGACAUGUGUGCGAUCCGAGCACACGCAGCAUGUAUGCCGAGGAGUACUGGACUUGGAGGUGGGACUUCCUCGCCUUCAUGAGUCGAGUCGUGAAAUCGGACCUCGGACACAAUACCUGCGAAAUAAAUUAUGGGAUCGCUGCGCGGUAGGUGUUUGCGAUUAUGUUCCCUUGGCCGUCCUUGGAGGGUGUCAACCACAUGUCCAGCCCGUCGAAUCGGACGUGUGGAUCAUGAGACGUCAUAAACGCGUUCAAUGGGUUAUGCACAUCUAGAUUGCGUAGAAUGCUUUUGAUCUCGAUACCCGCGAAACGAUCCAGAACGGCAGCAGCAGAAGAAGCCCACUGCAACUUGUCGUGCGCACUCCGAGUCAUACCUCCCACAUCUGCUGUGAGCGAGUGGCUGAUGAUAUGCGC